AUGAAGGAUUUUGGUGAAGUAACGAAUACGGUAAAAAUCAGAGACUAUGACACCAUCACAGCUUUUCUUGGAUCUUGGGGACCCUUUCAGCUCAGGAUUUUUUUAGCACUGGCCAUAAGCAUUCUCCCAAAUGGAUUUAUUGGCGGCUAUAUAGUAUUCAUAGGUGCUAUUCCAUCUCACGAAUGCUAUAUUCCUGAAAACUACAACAUCAGCGAGAUGUGGAAAAAUGUGACAAUCCCAUUGGAAACUGUUAGUGGCAAUGCAAAGCGGAGUUCCUGUUCAAGGCUUAACUUGGAUGUGGUCAGGAACUACUCUCAGAACAAUAUUAUCCCAAAUGUCGAUGUGAACGUUAGUGAAAUACCUUGGGAGAGUUGUAUAGAUGGGUGGUUACACAGCAAAAGCAUCUACCAGUCAACUAUUGUUACCGAGUGGGACUUGGUUUGUGAGAAUGCAUACAAACUUCCACUCACCAGCUCCAUUUAUUAUGUUGGUGUGCUACUGGGAGCGUUGAUCUCAGGUCUGGUGUCCGACAGAUAUGGAAGGAGACCAAUACUCUUUAUCAUGAUGCUGCUUCAAACUGUAUCAAUCACAGCACAGAUAUUCUCCCCAAGCUGGGAGAUUUUCACCUUCAUUUUCUUUUUGGUGGGUGCUGGGGGAUUCUCCAACUACAUCAUUGCAUUUGUGCUAGGUUCAGAAAUUCUAAGCCCAAAAACCAGAGUGGCGUUUUGUUCUCUUGGAGUUUUUAUGGGUUCAGCACUGGGGUACAUGGCAAUGCCUGGAGCAGCCUACUUCCUCCGGGAAUGGCGGUUGCUGCUGAUUCCAAUGGCUGCCUGUGGAUUGAUCUACGUCCCUCUGUGGUGGAUAGUCCCAGAGUCUCCUCGCUGGCUGAUCUCUCAAGGAAGAGUAAACGAGGCUGAAGCAAUCCUGAAGCACGCUGCAAAGCUGAACAAAGUAGAGCCGCCACAGGCAAUUUUUACACAAGCUGAGAUUGAAGAUGCGCUCACAAUGAAGGAGGAGAAGCAAAACAUUUUGGUCAUUGUGAAAAGCUGCAAUAUAUUCUCUAUUACACUGAUAUGUUCACUUCUGUGGAUCAUCAUCACCAUCAGCUACUAUGCUUUAGUCCUCAACACUUCCAACCUGAACGGUGACCCUUACAUAAACAGCUUCUUGUCUGCUGUCGUAGAAGUUCCAGCUUACAUAAUUGCCUUGGUACUGCUUAAGUACUGCUCCAGGCGCUUCUGCCAGUCUUCCACGCUCUUUCUCGGGGGUGUCAUGAUCCUCUGUGUCCACCUCAUUCCAAUAGGUUUACCAGGUGUGGCUGUUUUUCUUGAGAUGUUGGGAAAGUUUGGCAUCACAUCAGCAUUCUGUGUGGUGUAUGCUGUCACAUCAGAGCUGUUCCCCACAGUUAUCAGAAACACAGCAAUGGGGAUUUGCUCCAUGGCUGCACGGAUUGGGACCAUCAUCUCCCCAUUUAUUAUUUACUUAGCGCUUGGAGGCAACGAACAAAAACAAAAGAUCCAGGAAACCUUGGUGUCGCAGCAGUAG